AUGAUGUCAACAACGUUGAAGCAUUUAAAAAAAAGAGUAGCACUUGAAAAAAUUUCUGAGAAGACAAAGAGAUCUAAAAUCACUGAUUUCAUUGCCAAACAAAAUAAUAGACAGGAAUUUUUGCCUCUAUUAGGUUCUUAUAUUGAUAAAGCUCAUGUGGAACCCCUUCAUCUGAAGAAAAAUGCUUGGCAGUACUUUUUUAAAGCAGUUUUGACAGAAGCUAUAAGAAAAUCUAAGCUGCCAGCUGAUUGUAGAAAGUUUUCUGAGCUUCCACCUGAUAGCCCCUUUGCACGAGUUAUUACAGCUUUACAAACAGAAGUAAAGACCAGGCACCUUACAAACAAGACAAAACAAUGGUUCCAUGAAUCUCAAGGGUCUGGAAAAGAUUCCCGUUGUUUUAGUCAUAAAUUCAUAAGAUUAAUCAAGUGGCUAAGCUGUGAAAGUGACUCCAGGAAAGAACGUCAAACAGUUCUUACUUUAGCUUAAUUAGGUGUGAGACUGAGAGACUGUGUUUCUCUCUUUAAUAGAUUUGAGAUACCAUUAGACCAGAUUGAUCAGCUUUCUAUUGCUUGCUAUGAGUAUUUUAAAGUAAAUUCAUUGUUUUUGCCAAGUUCUGUAAAUCCUACUAUCUGGACAUUGGGUCACUUUGUCCCCACUCAUUGUCGUCAGAUGCUUGAAAAGUAUGGGCAGGGGUUGGGAAUGGUAACUAUGGAAGGGCGAGAAGCAAAGCAUAUUUUCUGAAGAAAUUAAGUGAAAAUACAACAUAUCAAAACAGAUGGGUUGAAAUAUUUAGACAUGAAUAUGUGAUGCUGAUUUGGCUGCCUCAGCAAGGUUUUCAGCAGCCAGAAGCUGCAUGCAAAAAUGUAGCCUACAUCCCAGAGAGGGUAUUCAGUGAUCCAUCUUAUUGCUAUUGCGGUCUGUUAAAAGCAUGUCGUGAGGAUGCUAAGUGCUGUUUCUGUGGAGACCCAAUCAUAAAACGUAUUGAGCAAACUGUUAAGGAUGGAAAGAUUGCUCCACAGCUUUUGUAAUUAAUACUAAAUCUGUACAUAGUCUGACUCAAAACCACUGUUGAAUUGAGAUUAUAUUAUGAUAAAUUGUAUUAGCAGCAGGUAGGACCUUUAAGAUAGUGUUAGAAUAAAUUACACUUUGAUCACCCCUCUGUUUUGUGGUUUUGAUUAAAAUUUGUCCCAACAAAACGACUCUAACUGAACGGCAUUCCAACAUUGUUUCCAAUAUUGAUAAAGCAUGUGUAUUGUAUUUUAAUAGGAUUCAUAGUGGAGUACAAUUAAGGCAGGGCAAGAACUUCAAAUCAACCGAGUGCAUAAUGUUAGAACAACUUAUAAUUACAAACAGCCUGAAAUAUACUCCAUUCAGUCGAGUUCUCAUUACUUAUAUGCUUACGAAAAGGUGUAGCCAAAUUCAUUAGUGAAUUUUUAGUGGGCUUUCACCACUACUUAAAGUUCCUUUACUUGUUCUUUUACUAUUCUUCAUUAGGAAUUCUCGGACUGAGUCGCUGCUUAGCUCAGAUAACUGGGCAAAGUCUCGAAUAAGUCUGGUCUCUCGUUGAUAGUAGAUUACAUCUGUGUGUUUUUCUUCUUUGUACGAAACACCAUAAGCGGAACGGGCCUUUUUUACACACUGAAAAAUUAAGGAAAAGAUUUCCGAGGACAUCGCCCGUUUGAAAUCUACGGUCCAAGCGCUUCGGGCCUUCAUUCUUGGACUGAGGCCUCUAUGGAGCAUCUUUAGCCACAUCUUUACUUCCCCUUCGAGGACUGCUGACGCUGGAAUUCGUGACAUCUUAGCUCGUUUCAAAGAGCUUUGGCCCACGCAGUGUUUUUCAAAAAUUGAAGUGAGAGCUGUUUUCACUUCAUCUUCAAACAAAAAGAAAUUACUGACUUCAUAA